CGGCAUCUUCACCUCCCCUCCGGGAAGUUUGGUUUUUAGCUCGGACUAACCCUCCGGAUAAGGUGUUUUCAGUCUUGCACGCAGCGUUUUCUCCCUCGUGAUGUCUGCAGAGAUGCGGCGUAGCAGCAUAAACGGGGUCCCAAUCAAGAACAUAGAGAGGGAGCUGAUCUGCCCCAUCUGCAAGGAGCUCUUUACCCAUCCUCUGAUCCUGCCCUGCCAGCACAGCGUCUGCCACAAAUGUGUCAGAGAGCUGCUCGUGCAGAACCACGAGGACUCUUUUGAUGCCGGUUCUGAGUGCUCCCUACCGGGCAGCCCCAGGUCCAGGGUGCCCUCCCCUUCCAUGGAGAGGCUGGACAGGCUCGUGAGAUCAGCCACAGUGCGAAGGUCGAUUGGAAGUCGAGGUAGACGCGGGCUCCGUGUUUUGAGUAGCUGUAGUAGUUCCAUCUCCUCUCCGGGGUGGCGCCGAGGCUCUGUGACUCCCCGGGUCACCACCAUCCCAUGCCCAGGCUGCCAGCAUGACAUAGAUCUGGGCGAGCGCGGCAUCAGCAUGUUGUUCCGAAACUUCACCCUGGAGAGCAUCGUCGAGCGCUAUCGGCAGGCUGCCCGCGCAGCUGUCGCCAUCAUGUGCAACAUCUGCAAACCUCCACAGCAGCAGGAGGCUACAAAGAGCUGCAUGGACUGCAAGGCGAGCUACUGCAACGAGUGUUUCAAGCUGCACCACCCCUGGGGCACACCCAAAGCCCAGCAUGAGUAUGUUGGUCCCACUACGAAUUUUAGGCCCAAGGUGCUCAUGUGCCCAGAGCAUGAGAUGGAGAAGGUGAACAUGUACUGUGAGGUUUGCAGGCGUCCCGUGUGUCACUUGUGCAAGCUGGGAGGAUCCCACGCUAACCACAAAGUCACCUCUAUGAGCAAUGCCUACAAGAUCCUCAAGGAGAAGCUGGCUAAGAGUAUCCAUUACCUCAUCAGCAAAGAGGACCAGGUCAGGGCUCAGAUUACUGAGCUUGAGGUGCUCAUCAAUAAGACUGAGGAAAAUGGCCAGCUAGCAGAGCGUCAAGCUAACGAGCAUUUUGAGCGUCUGUUUGAAACUCUGCAAGAGAGAAAAUCCGAGAUGCUGAGGUCAAUCGAACAGUCUCGUAACCGUCGCAUGGAGCAACUCAGAGGCCAGGUGGAGGAAUACCAGGGUAUGCUGGAGAACAGCGGGUUGGUAGGUUACGCUCAGGAGGUGCUGAAGGAAACCGAUCAGUCCUGCUUUGUUCAGACUGCAAAGCAGCUGCAUGUCAGGAUCCAGAAAGCCACUGAGUCUCUGAGGACCUUUCACCCCGCAGCUGACCCCUGCUUUGACGAGUUUGUGUUGGACACGUCUAGAGAAGAAACUCUGCUCAAAGAGAUGUGCUUUGGUGGAGUUCCAGACCCACCUCUGAUUGACUUAUCCAGUAGCAGAGUCUAUAAUGAGGCCUCAAUCUGCUGGAGGCUCUCUGAUGACCACCUACCUACUGAUCACCACAUGCUUGAGUACCGUAGACUUGGAGGCCCAGGCCAGUCCCCAUCCCAGGAGGACGGUGAGGACAAUGGAGUCUGGCGGGCCACAGACAGGGUGUACGGUCCCAGCACUGUGGUGUGUGACCUGGAGCCUGACAGCCUGUAUUCCUUCAGAGUACGAAGCUGCAGGAACUCGAUGUUCAGCCCCUACAGUCCUGAGGUCACCUUCCACACACCACCUGCACCCGUUUUUGGUUUCCUGUUCAGCGACAAGUGUGGAUUCAGCACGGAGCGGCUCAUUCUAAACAAGCGGCGGGAUACUGUGGAGAGCGUAGCUGGCACGACCUUCCUCCUCGCAGCUGAACGUGUACAGACAGGCAGCUACAUCGGGCUAGAUUACAUAAUUGGGGACAUGGGCAUCUCUCAGGGAAGACAUUAUUGGGCCUUUAAGGUGGAACCAUACUCUUAUAUGGUUAAAGUUGGAGUGGCCUCUGACACAAAGCUGAUGGAAUGGUUUCACAAUCCAAGAGAUACUAGCAGCCCAAGGUACGACCACGACAGCGGGCAUGACAGCGGCAGUGAGGACGCCUGCUAUGAGCUCUCCCAGCCCUUCACCCUCGUCACCUUGGGCAUGGGCAAACUCUUCAUCCCUAAGGCUUCUUCAUCCUCCAGUGUCUCCACAGCAAACGCACAGUUGGCUGACCCCGGAAACCGCAUGCUUCCCAUGCCCCAGCGCUUGGGCGUAUGCCUAGAUUAUGACGCGUGCCGGGUGUAUUUUUAUGACGCUGACACCAUGAGGUGCCUUUAUGAGAGGCAGGUGGAUUGUUCGGGAACAAUGUAUCCGGCUUUUGGCCUCAUGGGCAGUGGAAAGGUUCAGCUGGAAGAGUUCAUUGCCAGUAAGAAACUGGCGUUUUGAGGAGUGCAUUAGGACCUGAAUGAAUUUUUGUCUUCAGCAUGUUCUGGGAAGGGUAGGUUUUAUUGACAGGGUGAUGGAGCACAAUUUGGCCUUGGUCAAAUCAGGCAGAUGUGAUUAGGGCUUUUGGUCCUUAUGUGGAAAUGGGAUCUCUGCCAGGGAGUGGCCUGUUUAGUGUUGGCGUGCAUAAUGUACUAUUACUAAGAUAAUAACACUGAAUAUCAGUGUCCGCAUACAGAGGUCUUCAGUAGUUGGUAUAGAUGUAAAAGGUCUUCUUUAUAUACCAAAGUCUCUGUAUCUAUUAAUUGUAUCGGACCUGGUUUUAUGAUCUGCUGAUGUGGAAUCGGCUGCAUGGUUAGUCUGCAGUCACUGAAUCUUUUAACUUUAAACGCCUUUGAUCUUAUGCUUACACUUCCCUUUUUGUCAGGGUUCUGUUUAAAUAUUUUGUGUGUUAAUUAGUGGGUGGUUUUUG